UAUUCACUUUUUUUUCACGUUUCCCCGAUGACCUAGUUGCAUUGUGUAAAGUUCACCUUGCUCCGCUGACGUUUGGAAUCGUCAUCGUGGAGAGUAAUUUAUAGACGGUCCCUUGGGCAAAUGGCGCGCUCUUUGGAAGGAAACGGCGCUGGAACAAUCUGGACAUCAUCAUCGAUCAUUAAUUCUUACAAUAUUCAUUCUCUUGCCAACUAGAUUGGUUGGUUUGACAGAUAAGCAACUAAAUACAUUUUUAUUCCAUGGAAUACAGACGCCAGCCAGGACUGACAGUUCUACUAGUUAGUUUUGGACAGUUUCGCAGCGCAGCGUGUUCCGGUCCAUAGACGGGUUUACUAGCUAUUUGUUAAAUAAAAGUUAUAAAUUGCUGCGGACAUGGUGGAAGCUGUCGACUCCCGUUUCCCCUUUCCCUUCGAGCCCUACACCAUCCAGAAGGAGUUCAUGGAGGCUUUGUACCGGACCCUGGAAGAUAGCAAGAUUGGCAUUUUCGAGAGCCCUACAGGAACCGGCAAGUCCUUGAGUCUGAUAUGUGGAGCUCUCACAUGGCUCCAGGAUUUUGAGGAGAGGAAGAAGCAGGAGGCAGCACGCCUUCUUGAGAACAGGGCAGACACAGUGGCUGAACACCCUGCUGAGAAAAAGCUGACCCCCGGGCAAGAUGGCUCCUCCUCUUCGGAGCCAGACUGGAUCACGGCCUUCGUGCAGAAGAAAGCAGAGAGGGAUCUGGUGGACAAGCUGAAGGAAGAGGAGAUUAAGAGAAAGAGGCGAGAGGAACGAUUGGAGUUGAUACGACAAAAUGUUCAGCUGAAGUACGCCCUGAAACGCAAGAGUGAUGAGGAUGAGGAAGCAAGACAGCUCCUGGAGCUCAGUAAGGAAUGUGCAGAAGAAGAGCAAGGGGCAGGGCUUGAGGAUGGGGAGGAGGAGCUUCUAGUUGCUGAAUAUGAAAGUGAUGAUGACACUAAGCCAAAGAACAGGUUUGAUGAUGAGGAUGAUGAGGAUUUGGAGGAAGAACAUGUGACCAAGAUCUACUACUGUAGCCGCACCCACUCCCAGCUGGCCCAGUUUGUACACGAGGUGCAGAAAAGCCCUUUUGCUGAAAACAUCAGCCUGGUCUCCUUGGGAUCUCGGCAGAACCUGUGCAUAAAUGAGGAGGUCCGGAGGCUAGGGAGCGUGCAGCUCAUCAAUGAUCGCUGCAUGGAGAUGCAGAAGAACAAGCACGGAAAGGCAGAGAAGUCCUCCGGUGGGGAGCCCAAGCGGAGGCGGAGCAAGCCGAAGGCAGUAUGUCCCUUUUACAGACACGAGGCCCUGCAGGGUCUGCGGGAUGAGGCGCUGGUCAAAGUUCGGGACAUAGAACAGCUGGUGGCCCUGGGUCAUGAGACCAAAGGCUGCCCCUACUACGGGGGCCGCCUGGCCGUGCCUGCCGCACAGCUAGUAGUGCUACCCUACCAAACCCUGCUCCACGAGGCCACGCGUCGAGCUUCCGGGAUCCGACUCAAGGACCAGGUGGUCAUCAUUGACGAGGCACACAACUUGACCGACACCAUCACCUGCAUCCAUAGUUCAGAGGUGACGGGGGCACAGCUUUGCUGUGCCCAUUCUCAGCUGUCCCAGUACGUGGGACGGUACAGGAAUCGUCUGAAAGCCAAGAACCUGAUGUACUUGAAGCAGAUCCUGUUUGUGGUGGAGGGCCUGGUUCGCGUGCUCGGAGGGAAAGUUGGUCAGAACCCACAGAACCAGGUGACCCAGUCAGGAACAGAAAUGCUGACAAUCAAUAACUUCCUCUUCAAAGCCCAGAUAGACAACAUUAACCUCUUCAAGAUUCAGAGGUACUUUGAGAAGAGUCUUAUCAGCAGAAAGCUCUUUGGCUUUGUAGAGAAGUACCAGGGUAACGGCGUGAAGGUGAGCCUGUCCAGUAAGGAGAACCGCAGGACCGAGGGCCUGAGCCACUUCCUGCAGUCCCUCCAGACUUCCCAGCCGACUCCCAUGGUACCAACACCAGACCAGAAGGUGGCAGACGAAGAAAAACAAAUCAGCAUGGCCUCCCCUAUGAUGCAGGUCGAAGGGUUCCUCUUUGCCCUCACUAAUGCCAAUAAAGAUGGGCGACUCGUGAUCCAGCGACAUGGAACGCUGGCUCAGUGCAGUCUCAAGUUCCUCCUGCUCAACCCCGCUGUCCAUUUUGCUCCGGUGCUGAAGGAGUGCAGGGCUGUCAUCAUUGCUGGAGGCACCAUGCAGCCUGUGGCGGACUUCAAGGAGCAGCUUCUGCUGUCGGCAGGCGUGGCUGUGGAUCGCAUCACCGAGUUCUGCUGCGGUCAUGUGAUUCCACCAGAGAAUAUCUUACCUAUAGUCCUGUGCAAUGGCCCCUCCGGUCAGGAGCUGGAGUUCACGUUUCAGAACAGAGAAACUCCACAGAUGAUGGACGAGAUGGGCCGGGUGCUGGCCAACCUGAUGAAUGUGGUGCCGGGGGGUGUGGUGUGCUUUUUCCCCUCCUAUGAAUACGAGCGCCGGGCCCUGGCUCACUGGGAGAGCACCGGGAUCCUGGCACGACUCGCUGCCAAGAAGAAGAUUUUCCAGGAGCCUAAGAAAGCCAGCCAAGUCGAACAGGUGCUUACGGAGUACUCAAGGUGCAUCCAGAACUGCAGGCAGGUGGGGGGUGCUCUGUCAGGAGCCCUGCUGUUCUCCGUCGUUGGCGGAAAGAUGAGCGAAGGCAUCAACUUCUCAGACGAUCUGGGCAGGUGUGUUGUCAUGGUGGGAAUGCCAUACCCCAAUAUCAAGUCCCCUGAGCUCCAGGAGAAAAUGGCCUAUCUGGACAAGCAUAUGCCGCAGGUGGGGCGGCAGAGUCCUGGCAAGGCCCUGGUUGAAAACCUCUGCAUGAAGGCUGUCAACCAGUCCAUUGGGAGGGCCAUCCGGCACCGGGGCGAUUACGCCUCCAUUCUCCUGCUGGACCGGCGUUACUCCCGACCCACCACGCUCCACAAGCUUCCCGAGUGGAUCAGAAGGAGCACGCGUGUUCAGCCCACGUUUGGGCCUGCCUUUGCCAGCAUCCGAAAGUUUUUCUCAGAGAAGAAGCAGCAGCAGUGAUUUGCCGGGUGUGGCCUGUAGACCUGGCAAGGGGACGGUCACCUGUUCCAGGAUGAGAAACUCACACUAUUCCUGUUUCUCAACGGAAACUGCAGUUUCCACUGUACACUGGGCAGAUGGAGAGCUGUAAUUGCGCUGUGAUUUGUUCCAAAGGGUGCAGUUCUUCAUAAUUUACCUCAUUAUGCCUAGAAGUUUUUUGUUGCACAUUUCUUACUUAUUGUAAAGUUUGUUACUGUUAAUUAUUCUUGUUGUUUUUUUCACCGUUGGAUCUGUGCUUUUUUCAUUAUCUAAUCUUUAUUGAUGGAUGUUGUUAUUCUGAGAUUAAAUUAUAUCUGUGUGAAAUAGUGAAACACAAAUAUAAAAUGAAAAUUCCA